GUCCCUGUACAUGGGUAUAUAAGUCCAUCCGCGGACUGAUUUUCAAGAUGCUGACCUAAACAGGGUCCCUCAUCAUUUACUUUGAGAUGCAGUGUUUCCAGAUGAUUGCAUUAGCUGUGGCUGUGUUUGCUAUGCUAUCACCCUACACAGUGGGCUCGGUAGGGAAUGCCAGUUCUGUUGAGUUUAAUAUUUGGAAGUUUGAGGAUCAACCUUUGGUGAUGCAACUUGCUGCUGUCUACAAGGAAAUGGAACACUUCAAAUGUGAACAAACAAAUAUCAGGCAACAGCUGGAGGCCCUGAAUCAGAUGCUGACAAGCCCUAAGAAUGAGACUACAACAGAAAUAGGCAGCACUUCUCUUGUUUACCCCCCAAACCAUGGAGAGGAGGACAUUGUGUGGUCAUCAGAGGAAGAAGACUCCAUGCGACCCUUCGAUCCCUGCUUCCGCUACACUGUCCUGGACCAGCCCUGGAGGGCCACUAACACCAGCAUCAAGAACAAGAUGUGUGACCGCAACGUCAAGUGGCGAGGCUGGUACCGCCUGUUCUACAAGGGCAACAGUCUGCAGAUGCCCGAGAGGUGUGUGCCCAUGAACAAGUGUGGCACCCACGCCCCCAUGUGGCUGGCCGGGCCUCACCCGAAGAGGAGGGAUGGGAUCGUCACCCGCAAGGUCUGCGGCCACUGGAACAAGAACUGCUGCGCUUUCAAGUCCACACCCAUCAAAGUGAAGAAGUGCCAGGGCAAUUAUUACGUCUACAAGUUUACCAAACCUUCGACAUGUCACCUGGCCUACUGUGCAGAUAUCAACACCAUUGUGUGUGGAAAGUGCAGGAAAAGCGAGACCUGUGUAAGUCGAGACAAUAUAAACUGGAGGUGUAAGAAGAAGCCAAGACCCCUGAAGAGAAAAGUCCACUUCUUUGCCUCCUAUCCCGGGCCCAUCUCAGGCAAGGUGAACCGCAUCAAGUACAGGACUGUCCUUGUGAACGUUGGGCGAGCCUUCAACCGGAGGACCGGGGUGUUCCGGGCUCCUGUCAAAGGAGUCUACCAGUUCUUCUUCUCCACACAGAGUGGGAAACACGGUGUCAAGACGGACCUAUGGUUGGUGAUCAAUGGUUACUGGGUGGCUGUCUCUCACACCAAAAUCAGGAGUCCCUCCACUGUGGGUAAUCUGUCCACUUAUAUGACCUUUCUGCGCAGAGGGUCCCUGGUCUAUGUGAGCCAAGACUGUGGUAGCUCUUGGGCCACUGCUUCAUCCAAUACCAUCACAUUUGGUGGGUCACUGCUUGUUCAGUCGAAGAGGUAGACUAAAGCCAAUAUGUGUCUGUUUUCAUUUUGUAUUUGAUUCUUAUUUACAGAUUUAAUGGUGUUUCUGUCAAAACAGCAUUGCAGUUGAAAACACUUCUUCUAACAUUGAAUUUUUUUAUUUCAGUCAUUUAGCAUAGUAUACACCCUUGUCCAGAGCAACUUACAGUCAGAUGCAUGGACAUCAAUUCAAAUAAAUACUGUAUGUUGCUUCUGUA